CUCAACUCUGCUGCUGUGUCUGCCGAAAGAUCUUGUAAUUGAAAGAUGCACAUUUCCCGCGUUUUCAGCGGAUUCAUCUUACGAAUUUCCAUAUCCGGAAAUAUGUAAGCCCGUGAUGUCACGAGCAUUAAAAUAUAAAAUGCUCAUCAUAGAAAUUUGUUGUUUCACACUUUUUUUUGCAUCUCUUUUUUGAUUAUCACAAAAUAAACCAUUGGGUGUAUUUGUUAUUAUGGCACCGACUACUCUGUUAUCCGUCUUUGAAAACGAUUACCGAGAAAGAACGGCGAUUGUGAUUCCGCAGUCGGCUGCGAUUCCUACUUCGCUUUCUUACCGACAGUUGUUCGACGUUGUGACCGAUUUUUCUCGCAAGUUGUGUGCACAAUUGCCCGCUGACGCCUUGAAACCUGGUUGCGCCAUUUCCAUUGCUUACAUCAAUUCAUUGGAAUUUGUUGUGUCGUUCUUGGCGACAGGCUUCCUCCGUCUCAUUUCGUCUCCUUUAAAUCCCUCCUAUACUGAAGACGAAUUCAACUUCUACUUGGAAGAUGCCAAAUCCACCGUGAUGAUUGUGCCGCCUGGUUCCGUGAAAGCCAAUAUUCCUGCAGUUCGUGCUGCUCGUAAACAGGGAGCCUUGAUCGUUGAAGUACACUGGAACGGUCAAGAAAUGGAGGUCAACGUUACUUCGCCUGUUCGUUCUGACGCUCGCCGCGCUCUCGGAGCAUUUCAACCUCAGCCGGAUGAUGUCGCUUUACUGUUACACACCAGUGGAACCACCGGCAGACCUAAAGGUGUUCCUCUUACUCAGUUGAACUUGGCUACUUCCAUGAAGAAUAUUGUGGGCACCUAUGAAUUGUCGCCCAGGGAUCGUACCAUGUUGGUGAUGCCUCUCUUCCACGUUCAUGGUUUGCUGUGCGGUCUUUUGGCCACGUUGUUAUCAGGUGGUGGUGUCGUUAUUCCCGAAAAGUUUAGCGCUUCUCAUUUCUGGAGAGAUUUUGGUGAAAAUCAAUGCAACUGGUACACUGCAGUGCCUACAAUUCAUCAGAUCUUGCUCCGAAACCCUCCCAAGCAAGUACCCAAGAUCCGUUUCAUUCGUUCUUGCUCGUCUAGCUUGGCCCCUGCCACAUUCCAUGCUAUUGAACAACACUUUAAUGCUCCCGUCUUGGAAGCUUAUGCCAUGACCGAAGCUUCUCACCAAAUGACUUCCAACCCCUUACCCAAGUAUGGCCCUCACAAGCCUGGUUCCGUCGGUCUUGGCCAAGGUGUCGAAGUCGUGAUUUUGGAUGAAGCGGGCAAUCCCGUGGAAGAGGGUGAAGUGUGUAUUCGCGGAGCCAAUGUUACCAAGGGAUAUCUCAACAACCCUGAAGCCACGGCCAAGUCGUUCACCAAGGAUGGUUACUUCCGUACGGGCGAUCAAGGCAAGAAGGAUAAGGACGGUUACUUGGUUUUGACGGGCCGUAUCAAGGAAUUGAUCAACCGUGGUGGUGAAAAGAUUUCACCUUUGGAAUUGGACGCUGCCCUUUUGAGCCAUCCCAAGGUGGCGGAAGCAGUGAGCUUUGCCGUGCCUGAUGAGAUGUAUGGACAAGAAGUGCAUGCAGCGGUGGUGUUGAAGGAAAAGGGCGAUCCCAAGGCGAUUGAGCGUGAAUUGCAAGAAUUCUGUCAAACCAAGAUGGCCAAAUUCAAGGUGCCCAAGCGCAUCUACGUCACCGAAACGAUGCCCAAGACGGCUACCGGUAAGAUCCAACGUCGUGUCGUCAGCCAAACCUUCUUCAAGGAAUCAGCACCUGCUCAAGCCAAACUGUAAACAACGCCAACUACAACAAUACAAGAAAGCCAUCUAGUUUUGCUAUACAACAAAAAAGUGUGUGAGACAAAGACGAAAUAGAUUCGGGAUUACAGCAUUAAAAGUAAAUACACGAUACGCAGUGUAACACCGCUUUUAGCCGUGUGAUGUCUGUUUGUUUAACCUUAUUGUGUGAUACUUGGCAAUUGAAUGAUUCAGGCACAUU